CGACCUCGAGUGCCUGCACGCACACAAAACAAACAACACAACAGAAGAGAAACAUAAGAGACAAUCGCCAGCCAGCCAGCCUGUCUUCUUGUUUGUUUGCUUGUUGUUCCCCCUCCCCUCAUCUGCAAGAUGGUGCUUCGGAUGGCAGAGUUGGCGGCGUUGGUUGCCGUCGUGGUGGCGUGCUUGGUGCCGUUGCAAGGUGGAAUGGCAAGGCUCUUGGGAGACACGACGUGCGGUGAGCUGCCGACGAUGCUGCAGGCGGUGGAAACGGCGUGCGAGGUGAAUGGUUUGGAGGAGCUGUACCACAGCGUCAACUAUGCUGGACCACCCAACUUUUGCGCCGCGUCCUGCGUCAACGCAGUGAGCGCGCUGCACGAGGCGUUGUCGUACUGCGAGACCGCCGAAGCUGUGCUCGGCACGGCCGGCGUGCGCGCCAGCGUCCGCUCCAUCAACAGGCAGCAGGCUGCCUGCAACGCACCAAGCGUGGCCUGUCUCCGCGUGCAGCGGGAGUUUGACAGCUGGCUGCGCACUGCUACAGGGGAAGGCUGCCUUGACGUCAUGGCUGACGCCGCCACCCUCCCGGACACGGAGGCUUCGCAAGCGCAACUCCGCUCGACAUGCACGGGCACGUGCCACAGCGGAUUCACGUACUACCUCGCCCAGCUGGAGGAGGCCGGCUGCGUCGACUGGGCUUUGUACCAGCUGCACCGCGAGUCCUUCGACCUCACCUGCGCCACAACAACCGACGACGGCACGAGCGACACAAUCGUCUACUGCCGCAACAAGUUCAGCCCAGAGCAGCUGCAGGAGCAGCUCCGCACCGCCCGCAACACCUCGCGAUCGCAGGCAGAGCGCGACACCGCGCUGCAGGCCAUCUGCACGCCCUGCCUCUUUGAGUACAUUCAGGUGGAAGCCCGCAAGUCGUCUGCACGCAUCGACGUCGCAGAACUGGACUUGCUGUGCGCGCGGGACAGCACCACCUUCUGCUACCCACGCGUCAUGGACGUGCUCGUCUUCACCACCCACGCUGGUCCUGCCCAGCGGGCGCAGCAGCUGUGCUCGCUUGGCGAGUGCUCGGACAAGGUCCUGGCGCGGCUUCGCAACACGCCCCAGCUUGCGUCGCUGUCCAACGCCGCCAGCGUUGCCGAGGAGCUUGUGCAGCACGCGGACGCGCACCUCAAGUACAUGUGCUUGCAGUCGGAGGAGGGAGACGUGUGUGUGGACGUGAUGGACGCCAUCAUCAGCGGAUUUGACGAGAACCUUGCAUUCCAGGGCACGGCGUACUUUGGUCCAGAUGCGUGCGAGGACAUUGGCACGGGGGACUACUGCACGUGGGGCUGCCAGCGUCGCCUGGACCGCCUGGUUGACGCCGUCGGCUGCUGCCACCACUCCAUCCGCACCUACCUCACGGAGAUUGGCACUGCCGCUGCGGAAGUGGACGAUGCAUUUGCGCCUGUGGAGGCGGUCACCUCCGAGUGCGGCCACGAUAUUGGGCCCGCGUGCACCGUGUACAACGAGGAUGUGGCUGCAGACGUUGUUCUGGUCGUACCAUUCCCAAAAUCGUUUGUGCGCGCGCACAAAGAUGUGCUUGCACUUGAGCUUGUGUCUGUCCUUGGACGCCCCGCAGACUCGUUCAAGAUCACCCGCAUCUCAGACGGCACUCAAGGUUCACAAACGGAAACGACGAGCAACGUUCACAUUGAGCUUGUCUUUGAAAGUGCAACCCGCCGCGACCAGGUUGUGUCGAGCGUGGCGGCGGAUGCUGCUCGGGGAUCGCUUGCAUUCCUCACGCUGCCGUCCCUCCACUACAACCAGACCCUUGGCCUGGGUGAGUGAGCAAGACAAACAACUCCGCAUGAGCGAAACAAUAUGUGUGCUUGCAGAGAGCCUGAGCAAGGAGGAGCAAGUGUAAGUGUGACAUGGUUGUGUUUUGAAUGUGAACGCCUGUUUUGUGGUGUCGCUUCCAUCCUUCCUUUGUGGUGAUGUGACCUCAUGUGUGAGCGUGGACUUUGACAUCUUCUACUGCUUGUGUCGUUGCUGUUGACACGACCCAACCUUCUUCGUCACACCACCACGACAUUGAAGCACUGACACACGGACA